AUGGGUUCACAGGAGGCACAUUCCUGUCCUACAUACACAAGCAUCAGACCGGAUGCCAGCCAUUCAGUGGCCACUUUCGCCUCUUCUACUGACGAUGUAAAGCGGAUCUCUUGUCUCAUCCUCGACAUCUUCUUGAAGUAUACUCUUGGCAAGUUCAAGUACACGAAAGACCGCCCCGAGUCCUCAGAACACAGCUUUCUCGAUGCCAUUAGCCGGUAUGUGUCUGCAGGUGUAUCUGUCCAAGCUUGUCUCCCGGCCUUUCCAUUCAAAUCGGCAAAUAAAAUAUACAAAGUCCUCGGCAGCCUCCCAGAUAAGGCUGAGGAGCUGGCUCUUGAGCGAUUGAAUGGCCUAUGUACGCGUAUUCAGGAGAUUUAUGAGCCCGGCGCGGAGAUUGUCAUAAUUUCCGAUGGAAUUACAUACAAUGAUCUGUUGUGCAUAUCUGAUCGUGAGACUUGGGCUUAUGGAGAAGCUCUCCGAAACAUGGUUGUCGAAAAAGGUUUCACUAACCUUCAUUUCGCGAGACUAAGAGAUCUCCUCGAUUAUCCCGUUCCAGAGAAGAUGAGCGAGAUAAUCUACGUAGCCAAUUGCACCACAUUCCGUCGCUUGCUAAUGAAUCGGUUUGGCAAUGAGGACAUUGAUAUCGAGCACGAGAUUGCCACAAAUCCAGAUACGAAGUUAACCUAUCUGGGAUAUAAGCGUUUCUUGGAGUCAGACCUCCAGUAUAUUUUUCCGCGAGGUGAAAACCGUUCUGCUCAUAGCUAUAAAAAAGACUGUAAAUAUUUAGCAAAGCAGAUGCUGGUUAGGGGAUACGCAUUUGCACAAGCAGUCAAGAAUGCUUUUCCACAUCAUAUACGACUCUCUAUUCAUGAAUCCAUCUCAGGCAAUAAACUCUCGAUCAGUUUACUGAAUACCAAAACCGGUUUUACAACUCCGUGGCACUGCGCUGUCGCUCAAUUGGCAGAUGGUAGCUGGGUUAGUGCUCCUAUGGGCGAAUUCAGUCAGGAUGGCCGCCUGGAAUUGGUUCAUGUCAACGGCAAGCCCAGCCAUUAUCGAGAAAGGCAAAUUCACGGAAACGUUGAUCCUAUAAAUGAGACAAACUCCACUUACAUGCAAUCAGCUACGUACAUUAACAUGGAGCAAUAUGUCAAGGUUGCGCUCCAAGGUGCAAAAUCACGCACAUCAUCGUCCAGCGAAGUCUCCGGCUCGUCUCUGGAAAAAAGCAUGUUAAACACGCCGGGGACCCAGUCUAGCAGGGAAUCAACGCCACCCGACUCCGAGUCGAGAAUUAUCCCACAUGAUAUCGACCGUGUUACAGGAAUGAGUUCAGUACACACAAGCGCCCAAGCGCCAUCGCCCUAUGGUGAAAGACUUCUUCCACAGAUUAUGGAUAAUCUUGCCGCUACCGAGCCAGAUCGUAUUGUUUUCUCUCUUGCAUCUCUUGUCCACGGAUUUAUUGAGCUUAAGCACAUUUCCGCUCGCAACUUUGCCCAAGCAGUUGACAAAGUUGCAUGGUGGCUUCGUGUCCAGGUGGGAGUGCCAGAUACCAUUCAACCUGUGGCCUAUAUUGGACCGCAUGACCUUAGGCACGUUCUAUUGACAUACGCAUGUGUCAAGGCAGGCUACGCAGCAUUGUUUCUAUCACCAAAAAACAACACGAAGGAAGCUCUGGCAGUGCUCGAGUCGACUGCCUGUAAUAUAUGGGUCAAUGCAGUCGAUGCUGCUCCCACAACUUUGGUCAAGGAGGUUCUUCAAAAUCGUCAGAUGAACUUCAUUCAGCUUCCUCUACUCGAUGAACUUCUAGAUGCAGAGUGUAUUGAGCCAUUUCCGUACACGAAGUCAUUUGAAGAGGCAAUCAAUGACCCAUUCUGCUUCUUACAUACUUCAGGCAGCACUGGUUUACCUAAGCCGAUUCCCUGGUCACACGGGCUCAUUGGAACGAUGGAUGCAGUACGACUGCUACCGCCUGUGGAAGGGACUGCCGAUUUCGUUCCGUGGACUUUUGAUUGGAAGAAAGGGGACAAGAUCUACUCGUCGUUCCCAAUGAGUCAUGGCGCUGGUGUCAUUAUGGACAUCCUGAUGCCAGCACUCUUUGACCUACAGUGUGUCUUGGGACCGGUUGAGGUUUUACCGAACCUCAAUCUUGUGGAAAGACUAGCUGUGGAUGUGAAAAUAGACAUAUGGAGCAUGGUCCCCUCACUAGUAGAUGAGCUGGGCGAAGCUUCGUCAAUAUUAGCACAACUCGCACCAAGUAAAUUCAUCUGUGCUUCUGGCGGUCCUGUCAGCCCCGUUAGCGCUGGAAAGGUGAAUCAAGUUGUAAGAGUGCUCAAUUUGACUGGUACUACGGAGGGUCUUUUUAUUGGAAACCUUGUUCCACAACGAGAGGAUUGGUUCUGGUUUUGUUUCCAUCCAUAUUCCGGUUUCGAAUUCAAGAAGCUCGAAGAAGAUACUUAUGAGCACUGGAUACAUCGCAACGACCACUGGCGCCUCUUUCAGGGCAUCUUUCACACUUUCCCCGACAAGGAUUCAAUCAACUUGAAAGACCUGUAUAUGAAACACCCUUCCAAGCCUAAUCUAUGGGCAUUCAAGGGGAGAAGUGACGAUCUCGUUGUGUUAUCUAACGGGUACAAAAUUUCACCCUUAGAAACCGAGGCAUUUAUUUCAACUCACCCAGCUAUUAAUGGUUGUCUCAUUUUCGGAACUGGAAAGCCUCAAGCCGGCCUGCUCGUUGAACUGAUAGAACCAUCAGUCAAAACGGCUGAGCUGAUGGAUGAUAUUUGGCAGAUAGUCGUGAAGGCCAACGCAAUGUCUCGUCAUAAGAAUCAAUUGUUGAGAGACUUUGUCACGUUCGCUCUCCCCGACAAGCCAUUUCUUCGGACAGACAAACGCACUGUGAAAAGGGCCGCCACUUUGGCUCUGUACGCCGAUUACAUCGAGCGUUUUUACGAUUCGCGAAAGGAUGAGUCAGUUGAAGCAUACACGCUGGAUACGAGCACCGUCAAUAGCAUGGAAAACUCGAUCCGUGCGAUUCUGAGUACAUCAUUUCCUGCAGCUCAUACUGCCUCUCGGGAAGAAAAUCUCUUCGCCCUUGGGCUCGACUCCCUUGCUGUGUUUGCGGCUGUGAAGGCAAUACGGGCAGCUUCUGGGCUCGGCGACAAAAUCGCUCCUCGACACGUGCCUAGCAGACUUGAGAAGAUGAAGGAAGAAGUUCUAGUAGACCCACACGCCAAGGGGGAGAUUCAGUCAAUAAGUGACAUUGUGCAAGCCUUCCUGUGGCGGGCUGCCAUAAGGGUUCGAUAUCGCGUUGCAAAAAAUAUCCGGAAGCAGACAUUCGAGCCUGAUGAGCUAUCAAUUCUUGAGCUACCUACAGACGGGCGGCCGUACUUUUCUUCUUCAUUGCCAUCCACAUACAUGGGCAGUUUAUUGAUACUGAACCGGUCUGUCAUGCCGGUUGAAGUACUUUGCGCUGACGAUACGAGCAUUGGCCGCGUUGCUUACGAGCUUCGUCAAUCCGCUGCGCGCAUCACGCCUUCGGUUGUGCAUGAUGCUUUCUCAAUUUUACAGUCACUGCCAGAUCACAGUCGAUUUUCGACGGCUAAUAUGGGCAUUGAACAUAUGCAUGCUAUGAUAUCAAAUAUGAUGCUGUUUCCGAGUAAUGAGCUUGAGCGCGGAAAUGGUCGAUUUCGAUUUUUGGUGAUCUUUCCGAUCAGGGAAGAUGGCUGUAUUGAGUUCUGUUUUGGCAUGCAUCCUGAAGAGCUUGAGGCUUUCCUGGCUGAUGAAGAGUCGACGAAAUAUGCUGAAUUGGUGGACUAUAGCUGA